AUGCUGGCUGCGGCCGUGGCCUGGGCGCUGGCGUGCCUGGUGGUGCACAGAGCCGGGGCGUCGGCACAGUGCUGGGACGAGCGCCCGUCCAGAGCGGCGAGGAACGGCAGCUGUGUGGCUCCGCAGCCUUUCCUGAUCUUUGGCCACGGCAGAGCCAUCCACCGCCUGGGCCUGGACGGGAAGAACCACCGCAGGCUGGUGGCCAGCGUGGGGAGCUCCGUCCUGCUGGACUUCCACUUCAGAGAGGAGAGGCUCUACUGGGCCGACACACACACCGGGGUCAUCUACAAAGCGUCAGUGAGGGGGGCGCACAGACAGAAGCUGUACUCAUCCGACAGACACAUCUCGGGCCUGGCGGUGGACUGGAUCUGGAACAGCCUUUACUGGACAAGCGGAGAGAAGGGGGAAAUUAAAACCAUGUACAUAAAUGGAAAAAAUGAGAGGACCAUCAUGAGACACCUGAGCAAACCGAGCUCCAUCGGCGUCGACCCCCGCAGCAGGUUUUUGUUCUGGCUGUCCGGCGGCUCCACCCCCGGUGUCCAACGCUGCGACGUGACCGGACAGAUGAAGACCACGCUCGUCAAGAUGGCAGGAGAAGAACCUCGAGCUCUGUCCAUCGACCGGGAGGACAGACGGCUGUUCUGGGCUCAGUUUGGUCCGCAGGGGGAGAGCGCCAUCGCCUCCUGUGAUUACAGCGGAAACCUGCUGCGCGUCAUGGACCAGCCGCUCCGGUCUGAGUCUCUUGGCUUAUCGGUUUUUCUGGACUACCUGUACUACACCGACGCCGCGUCUCGGGUCAUAAAGCAAGUGAACAAGUACACUGGAGGAAAAGCUCGAGACGUCAGCAUUAAACAAAUGGCCAAACCUCCCGUUGGCAUCAGAGUGAUCCAUCCGCGGUCUCAGCCGGCGGACGAUCCUCCAGCCGCACCUCCAGGUUGUGACGAGCAGAGCGGGAACUGUGUGAACAUCUGCUCCAGCCUGGCGGACCGAGGCGUGUGUGAGUGCAGCGGCGGCUUCGCUCUCAGCAAACAGGGCACUCACUGUGAAGAUGUGAAUGAAUGUUCUCACUGGAACCACGGCUGCUCUCUGGGAUGUGAAAACAUCCCCGGAUCGUAUUUCUGUACCUGCCCGAAAGGCUACGCCCUGCUCCCCGACAGGAAGACAUGCAGAGAGAUCAUAUCGUGCGAGGGCAACAUGACGGAGUGUGGCCACGGGUGCCUGGCUACGGGAGGCCGCCACGUCUGCGUUUGUCCCGAAGGGUCCGUGCUCCAGGAGGACGGCCGAGCCUGCACGGGCUGCUCGUCCGCAGACAGGGGCGGCUGCAGCCAGACCUGCUCUCCGGUCGCCCCCGGCAGGUGGCGGUGCGGCUGCCAUCCCGGCUACCGGCUCCACCAAGACGGCAAGCGCUGCUCCGCAGCCGGGCCUCCGCCCUUUCUGCUGGUGGCCAACCUGGUGGAUGUGAGGAGGAUGAGCGCCGACGGCAGCGAGGAGGAAACCCUGGUGGAGGAGCCCAGAGGGACAAUCCUAGCGCUGGAUUACGAUCCCAUUCAGAACAAUGUGUAUUUCGCCAGUUCAAGUCAGAAGGUGAUUGAGCGGGUUGGUCUGAGCGGCGGGUCGAGACGUGUCGUGGUUUCUGAAGGUCUGGGCUCUCCCGAGGGGCUGGCCAUUGACUGGAUCCAUCACAAGAUGUACUGGACAGACAAAAGCCUGUCGACUGUUGACUGCAGUGAUUUGGUUCGAUAUCAUAAAGAAACUAUCGUGAGCAAAGGGCUGGAAGAACCGAGAGGAAUCGCAGUUCAUCCUCUGGCAAAGAAGUUGUUCUGGACCGACACGGGAUCCCGGCCGGCGGUGGAAAGCUCCUCUCUGGACGGCUCCGGCCGGGCCGUCGUCGCCGCCGCCGGCCUGUCGUCCCCCACUGGCCUCGCCGUCGACUUCGCCGACGACCGCCUGUUCUGGUGCGACCAGAAGAGAGGCCUGAUCGAGACGGCCGCCCUGGACGGGUCCGACCGGAGGGUCCUGUCAGAGAACCAAGUAGGUCGACCUUUUGACCUGGCAGUGUUUGAGGACAGCCUCUGGGUCUCCGACUGGCAGCACCAGCGGCUGAGGAGCGUCCACAAGAGAAGCGGGAAGACGCUGCGCUGGAUCCACGCCGCCAUGGUCCAGCCGGCGUCCGUGGUGGUGGUCCAUCCCCUGGCCAGGCCCGGGGCGGACGUCUGCCUCCACCUGAACGGAGGCUGCAUGCAGGUGUGUGAGAGCCGGCUGGGGUCGGCCCUCUGCUCCUGCCUGCCCCGCUUCGUCUUGUCCUCCGACGGGAAGAGCUGCCGAGCCUCCAACGCCACGGCAGGAGACGGCGGUUUACCAUCUCUGGGGAAUCAAACCUUCAACGACGAGAGCGCGGCGCUGACUGGAGGAGAGGCGGACUUCCUCUCAGUCUUCACAGACAAGAUGGUUUCAGACCAGCAGGAGUGCCACUCCCUCCGCUGCCACGCCCACGCUCACUGCCUGCUGGACUCGGGAAGCCCCCGGUGUUUGUGUGAGGAAGGCUUCACGGGAGACGGACGCUCCUGCGUGGACAUAGACGAGUGUGAGCUGGAGACGCACGGCUGUGGAGAAAACGCAGAGUGUCAAAACACUGAAGGGAAAUAUCUCUGCAAGUGCCGCGCUGGACACCCGGACACCGGCCGGGCCUGUGAAGAGGUGGACAGGCCGUCCUCCUGGGCGACCCCCGGCCCCCCCGUCCAGGUCACCACCCAGCACCACAGCGGGGACGGCGUGGAGAGCUGUCCCGCCUCGCACGACACCUACUGCCUGUACCAGGGCGUCUGCUUCUACUUCCCCGAGAUGGAGUCCUACGCCUGCAACUGCGUGUCGGGCUACAUGGGCGAGCGCUGUCAGUUCAGCGACCUGGAGUGGCUGGAGCUGCAGCAGGCCGAGAAGGAGAAGAGGAGGAACGUGGCCAUCGCAGCCUGCAUGGUGGUCCUGGUGUCCCUGCUGUCCGUCACGGCCUGCGUCACCUACUGCUACGGAACCAGGAGAAUCUUCCACAAACAGCCGUCGGUGGAUAACGUCAGCGAGACCAGCGUGACGGACGACAGCACGCUGGAGGCCGCCACGACCGCCGUCCCCCAGUUCUACCUGCUGGCAGCCAGCGGUCUGGAUGGAAAGCUCCUGUCCUCGCCCGUCUGUCCCCGUCCGGCCGUCUGUCCCUCCUGCUCCUCAGCAGACUCCAGUCCUGGAGACUCUGGAUCUUCCUGCAGACACAACGGAGGGUACGAGUGCUCCGUCAGAUCAGCUGCCUCCAUGCAGCCCACCCAGCAGACCCUCCGUCACCCCCGUCCACCCAAGUCCAGCCUGCUGGUCUUUCACCCCGACGUGGAUCGCUCAGAGAACAGGGUGACUUCCUCCUGA